GUUAUGUUUUACUGUUGUUAAGGCUGUCGUUGUUUUGAAGCGAACAAGCGUUGUUAGUUGUAUUUUGAAGUUUGAACAUCUAGCAGAUCUGCAAAGAUUAAACCAAGAAAUGACGACAGAAGUCCAAAAGGUGUCAAUAGAAUGGAAGAAACGAGUGAAGUCUGAAUACAUGAGGUUACGACAGCUGAAAAGAUUUAAGCGGCAUGAUGAAGUGAAAGCAGCCUACAUAUCCAAUAGACAAAUCAUCAAUGAAACCACAGCACUGUUGAAGAAAUGGCACCUAGAAAAAAAAGCCGAAGCUGUAUUUCCAACAGAAGUUCCAGCUCACUUCCCUCUGAUGAAAAAGGCAAUAAUAGAAGUUUCUGAUGGUACGACUCAGAACAAACCUAUCAGGAUAAUGAAUGCUGUAAACUCCAUUCCCACCAUGUACACAUGGGCCCCAAUACAACAGAAUUUUAUGGUUGAAGAUGAAACAGUGCUACAUAAUAUUCCAUACAUGGGAGAUGAGGUUCUGGAUCAAGAUGGAACUUUUAUAGAAGAACUUCUAAAAAACUAUGAUGGCAAAGUUCAUGGAGAUAGGGAAUGUAGAUUCAUAAAUGAUGAAAUUUUUGUAGAGUUAGUUCAGGCAUUACAAGUCUAUGGAGAUGUAGAAAAUAAUGCUGAGAAGAAAGAGAAAUCUGAAAAAGACAAGCUGCCUGAUCUCAAAAUUUUGCCAAGAAAACCAAUUUCAAGAAGUAGUUCUAUAGAUGGAGAACAGUCAGGGCAAAAUGAUAAGAGAUCUGCAGCUGAAAUUCCAGAUAUCAUAUUUGCAGCCAUUUCUUCUGUCUUUCCUGAUAAAGGAUCUCCAUCUGAACUUCGUGAGAAGUAUAGAAACCUGAGGGAGAAAAAAGACCCAAAUGUACUUCCACCUGAGUGUACAGCCAACAUUGAUGGGCCUAAUGCCCAGUCAGUUAUGAGAGAACAGAGUAUGCAUUCUUUCCAUACACUCUUCUGUCGCAGAUGUUUUAAAUAUGAUUGCUUCUUACAUCCUCUUCAUCCCACUCCAAGCCAAUUCAAGAAAAAGAAUUGUGAUAUGAAACCAAGUAUAGAACCUUGUGGUCCUAACUGUUAUUUGAAUCUUGAAUCAGUGAAGGAAAAGAGAAGACAACAAGAAAUAAAAAAACAAGAAGAAGAAGAAUUGGCUGAACGACGAAAACUAAGAAAACAGAACUCUGUUGACAGUGGCAAUGAAGCCAGCAGUGAAGAUAGCAAUGACAGUAUGAAGUCUGCAAAAGAUGAACUAAUAGAAAAAGUAGAACCAGAAGAAGGAUAUGGAAACGCCCCUGUAGUGCCACAGAACCCUUCAGAUUUAGAAGUGGAGUGGACUGGAGCCGAACAGUCACUGUUCCGUGUUAUUUGGCGAGUUUUCUACAAUAAUUACUGUGCUAUUGCUCGAAUGAUAAUGUCCAAGUCUUGUGCACAGGUUUACACCUUUGCACAAAAGGAAUUAACGGACUAUCCACCUGAGGAACACAUUCAUGACAACACUCCUCCUAGGAAGAAAAAGAAGAAACAUCGGCAGUGGUACAUGCAUUGCAGGAAGACUCAGUUGAAGAAAGACACAUCAUCUAAUCACAUUUACAACUACACCCCCUGUGAUCAUCCAGGUCAACCAUGUGACCAGUCAUGUCCUUGUGUUAUUACUCAGACAUUUUGUAGAAAAUUCUGUCAUUGCAAAUCAGAUUGCCAGCACCAAUACCCUGGAUGUCGUUGUAAAGCCCAAUGUAACACUAAACAGUGUCCAUGUUAUGCAGCAGUUCGUGAGUGUGAUCCAGAUUUGUGUCAGACUUGUGGUGCAGACCAGUUUGAUGUGAAAAACAUUUCGUGCAAGAAUGUUAGUAUACAAAGAGGCCUUCGUAAAAUAAUAUCUCAAGAUGAAGCUGAACGACGAGGCAAAGUAUAUGACAAGUAUAUGUGCAGCUUUCUCUUCAACCUUAACAAUGAUUUUGUUGUUGAUGCAACAAGAAAGGGUAACAAGAUAAGAUUUGCUAAUCAUUCUGUGAACCCUAACUGCUAUGCCAGAGUGAAGAUGGUUAAUGGGGAUCAUCGUAUUGGAAUUUUUGCCAAGCGUCCUAUUCAAUCAGGAGAAGAGCUUUUCUUUGAUUACAGAUAUGGCCCUACAGAACAGUUGAAGUUUGUGGGAAUUGAGCGUGAGCUUGAGUUUUUAUGAUUUUAUGGUAUUCAGUAUAUGUUUUAGGGUGCAUUCUUUUAUGUCUUGUCCAUAUCACAUUUUUUGCAUAUGUUCAAACUUUUUGAAGGUGGUUUUACACAAGUUAUUUAUUUGUUGUUUAUUGUUUGACUGUGAUGUCAAGGUAUUUCUGUGAAGCCUUUUAUAUAGUGAAAUUUUUAUCACCUAAAAUUUCAAACUAUGUUAUGUAUUAAAUAAAGAUCAACUUUCCAAAUAAAGGAUCUUGGGAACAAUUUUUGUUUUAUUUACAAAAAUCAUAAACUUUAAAGGCAAACAUUUCAGUAUUAUUUUACAGUUUAUGAUUUGGGGGGGAAAAAUCUUAAAAUUGGCAAGUUUAGGGGUUCUUUAAGAGUGAGUCAAAAUUCAAAUUCAGAAAAGACAUGAAGGAAUUCUGACAGGUUACCCUUAGUCAUGAUAAAACACAAAACUUGAUUAUUGGAGGAUUGUGUAACAUAUUAUUUCAAUGUUUUGGUAAUGUGUAUAUUAUCAAAGGAAAUAAUGCUACAAGGAUAUGUGUACCAAUUUUUCAUAUCUUGUUUUUCUACAUUAGAACUCAUUCUAUCUCACCAGUUAUCAUAUGUAUUUUUUUAAUAAUCAUUGGUAUUCAGAAUAUUUUUGAAUGUUUUGUUGCAUAUGCUGAAUAGUAGUUUCAUAGUUUUCCAUUUGAGUAUUUUUUAACAAGCACAUUUUUUUCUAGAAAAAUAAUCAUGGAAAAUGCAUUUUCAUGUACGUGUAUCUAU